CUAUGUUAAGCCCUGGCUGCCAGUUUGGGUUCCGCGAGUUUCGUCUUCCCCCUCGCCGCCGCCGCCGCCGCCGCCAUAUACCUCACCUCCGAACUCCGUGCCGCUGAGCGCUAGCGUCCGUCCUUUCUCGCCGAACCUCGUCCUCCUCACCGCGGGCUACUAAUUUCCCUUGGAUUCCGUGGUUGGGUUUGGAUUUGUAGACAUGGGGGACCUGGAGGACAAGCUCAAGGGCUUUGAGAUCAAGAAGGAAGGCGAGGCUGAGAUCCUCAUGCUCAAUAGUAACGCCGUGUUCUUCAAUCCCGUGCAGGUGCACAACAGAGACAUGUCCAUUGCUGUGUUAAGGACAUUUGUUGCCAAGCGCAAGGAAGAACAUGAGGAACUGAUGAAUAAAAGGAAUAAUAAGUCGCAUAAAAAAGGCAAUCAGAUUGAAACACCUGUUGUAAAUGGAGACACUGCUUUAACUCAGCAUGAUGAAACCGAUGUUGUUCAUGAAAAGGAGCCAAAUCAGGCUACAAAUGAAAUAGAAGAUCCGUCAAAAGAAGAAACGAAGACACCUUCCGGGAAAGUAACCAGAGAGCUUAAGCCACCAAUUGUUCUUGAGGCGUUAGCUGCUUCUGGGUUGAGGUCUCUCCGUUAUGCUCGUGAAGUUGAUGGAUUAGGAAAGGUAGUUGCUCUGGACAAUGAUAAAGCUUCUGUUGAAGCUUGCAAGAGGAACAUCAAGUUCAAUGGGGCUUCUGUUAUUAGCAAGGUGGAAGCUCACUUGGCUGAUGCUCGAGUUUACAUGCUCACUCAUCCAAAAGAAUUUGAUGUGGUUGAUCUUGACCCCUAUGGGUCACCAUCUGUAUUCCUCGACUCAGCUGUACAGGCUGUUGCUGAUGGUGGACUAUUAAUGUGUACAGCCACUGAUCUGGCAGUACUUUGUGGAACCAAUGGAGAAGUUUGCUACUCCAAGUAUGGUUCCUACCCAGUCAGAGGCAAGUAUUGCCAUGAAAUGGCUUUGAGAAUCCUCCUUGCCAGUAUCGAGAGCCAUGCAAAUCGGUAUAAGAGAUAUAUUGUGCCUGUUCUCUCUGUGUUUAUGGAUUUCUAUGUCCGUGUGUUUGUUCGAGUAUUCACUUCUGCAAGUGAAAUAAAGAAUGCUCCACUUAAACUUUCUUAUGUAUAUCAAUGUGUCGGCUGUGAUUCUUUCCAUCUUCAGUCCCUUGGGAGGACUGUCACUAAGAAUAAUAGCGUGAAGUAUGCGCCUGGUAUUGGACCUGUUGUUCCUCAAGAAUGUAGCGACUGUGGAAAGAAAUUUAAUGUGGGCGGGCCAAUAUAUUCCGCUCCUAUUCAUGAUCAAGAUUGGGUACUUUCUACGCUGACAGAUGUUAGGCCAAUGAAGGAUAGAUAUCCUGCAUACAACAAAAUUACUUCAGUUCUAACUACUGUAUCAGAGGAAUUGCAUGACAUUCCAUUAUUUUUUAGUCUCCAUAACAUAUCUGGGACUGUGAAGUGCACAUCACCAUCUGCAGUUAUGUUCCGGUCAGCAGUUAUAAAUGCAGGAUAUCAGAUAUCAAGCAGUCACUGUAACCCGCUCGGGCUGAAGUCUGAUGCCCCGUGGGAUGUUAUUUGGGACAUCAUGCGCUGCUGGGUGAAAAACCAUCCAAUCAAGGAACAGCCGCGUGAUUCUGCAGGCACUGCAAUCCUUUCUAAAUCUCCACAGCUAGAAGCAAAUUUCUCUAGAGCAGUUGCUGCCCUCAGCAAGGCUCAGAUGAAGAAGGUGAAUCGGUUCCUUCCAAACCCAGAAAGUCACUGGGGUCCAAAGGUCAGGGCAGGUCGGAGAAUUACAAACAAGCAUAUCUCCCUGUUAGGCGCAGAGGCUACCAAUGAAGCUAUCAGCCGCCAAGAUGGAAAUGGAGCGGUGACAGAUAAGCCAGGUUCAGAUACAGGAGCGACUGUCACAGACGAAGAGAAUGAACCUUCAACCAAACGCCAGAAAACCGAUGAUGGUGAACCCGCCAGCGAACCUUGAUUGACAUUGUCAUCGUAACUUUUUGUUCGUCAAUCUUGAUAUCACUUGUUGUUUCUUUCUUGUGAGCGAACAGACUAUUGAUAGUACCUACUGUGACAUGUUUUGAGCAAUGAAUUUUGAUCAGGCAAUUUUACUCUA